AUGUCAUCAGUGGCGGCUGGUAAUCGUGCAAGUGAUAUGUGGACCAACAGUGCUGAUCUCUACUCACAAAGUGUACGCCAAGCGAAUCCUAACCAUGCUUAUCAAUAUCCGACACCCCCGAACGGCUUUACACAUUAUCAAAAUAACUUCUAUCAGCAAAACAGUGAGUAUCCUCAUGUACCUUCUGAUGUAAUGAAUAAAAACUAUCAUAAUUCUCCAAAUAGUGUCGUAAAAUCCGAACCGAUACAUUGGCAUAACUAUCCAGACUAUGGCAAUCAAAUGAAUUUGGAUAUGGUAAAUAAAUGGCGAGAAUUGAAUUAUUAUUCGCAACAUAAUGGAUUCGAUCAACGAAAUAUUGCAUCUAACACAUGCUACGAAGCUAAAAGUGACGACGUACGGUCGCUGAAUUCUCCUGGUCAAUGUAGUGUGUCCGAAAACAGUUAUGGAUCGCCACAUAGUACGUCGAGCGUAAAUAAAUUAACAAACCCAGAUGAAGAAGAUUCGCCUAAUUUAAGGGCAUUACUAACGAAAUCACAUGACCGUAAGAUUUCGCCCUAUUAUGCCAAAUAUGACAAAACGUAUACACAAGAGGCCGCGCAAAGAUACCGCGUGACUGACGUUAAUGAUUGGGCAAAAACAAAGAUGCAAGAAACUGAUCGAAAUUUGCUUCAAUUUCACGGUGAAUUUAAAUCUGAAGAUCAAACAAAAAGCAAGAGGAUAGACGCCAAUAUUGAGGCGCCUAUUGCAAAGGAGAGCACGCCAUCAUCACUAGGUACCGACGAGAGCUGUCAGGACGUGACGAGGGUCAGUGCAGGCGGGGACAAUGUGGAUUACGGCGAGAACAAAAUGGCCGCUGUUCCAGAUGUACAAGCUUUCUAUCCAUGGAUGAAGAGUACCGGAGGUGACGACAAGAAGGAAGGAUCAAAACGUACGAGGCAGACUUACACCCGUUAUCAAACAUUAGAAUUGGAAAAGGAGUUCCACUUCAAUAAGUAUCUAUCAAGAAGAAGGCGUAUAGAAGUUUCCCACGCACUUGGCCUUACUGAAAGGCAAAUUAAAAUAUGGUUUCAAAACCGUAGAAUGAAGGCAAAGAAAGACGGAAAGUUGUCGACCUCUCCUGAUCCGUAUGUUAUUGACGAUAACCUACCCAAGGUAGGAAACAUUUCGGAAUACAUGGAUACAAGGCAACAGAUGUCUAACUUAGGAGCCUAUACGAAUUAUCAUUUAAAUAACGCAUCUCCAAAUUUAAAUCAUAAUCCAGGUAUACCACAAAACUGUAUGAUUCCGAACUACGCAGAUGGCUUAAUUCAAAACAUGUGA